AUGGGCGCGCCGGUGCGGAGUGGUGCUCGAGCUAGGGAUUCCGCAGGUACAGAGGUUUUUCGCAGAAGUGGAUGCACACCUGCAAUUGGAUGGCCGCAGAAGCGGAAAAAGCUGGCCUUGGGGGAAGCCGCAUAUGCGAGGAAGCUUCCGCAGAAGCGACUACUGUUCCGCAGAUGCGAAAAUGUCGCUGGGCAGUGUUGUUUAAAGAAUGGGAUUUGGCCUAUUUUCUUUCAUUCUAUGUUGGUUUGGGAGAUGUUUGGAGAGCUCCAAGUGGAGGUCUUGCUUGGUGCCUAUGAUAUUUGGGAACCGGUGGAAGUCGGAGGUGAUGGAGCGGAAGAUAAUGUUGCCUUUAUAAAGAAAGAUCACAAGGUGAUCACUCUCAUCCAUCAAAGUUUGGAUGACAAGAUGUUUGAGAAGGUUGAAAAUGCAACUACCUCAAAGCAAGCAUGGGAGAUUCUUCAAACUUCCUUUAAAAGUUUGGAUAAAGUGAAAAGAGUUUGUUUCCAAACCUUAAGAGAAGAGUUUGAAUCAUUGCAUAUGAAGGAAUCCGAAUCCGUUUCGGAUUACAUUUCAAGAGUUUUGACUAUUGUCAAUCAAAUGAAGAGAUAUGGUGAAGACUUGAGUGAUGAUAGGGUCGUUGCAAAAAUACUACGAUCCCUUGAUUUAAAAUUUAAUUAUAUUGUUGUGGCUAUUGAAGAAUCCAAAGACUUGGAUACCAUGACCAUUGAAGAAUACACGGGUUCUUUGCAAGCACGUGAAGUAAAGUUGAAGAAACCGAAAGAAGAAUCGGUCGAACAAGCGUUGCAAGUAAAACUUUCUUUCAAGGAGAAAGAUGAAAGGCGUGGCUCGCAACAAAGAGGUCGUGGAUGUGGACAAGGUCAUGGUGAAAAGGGAAGAGGUGGUAGCCAACCACCAUAUAAAGAAAAUAGGAGACAAGACUCUAAUCAAGGAAGAGGUCAUGCAUUUGGUCAUUUUUCAUGGGAAUGUAAAAAUAACGUGGAAGAAAAAAAUAAUUUUGUGGAGAGCAAAAAUGAAGAUGGAGAUGGUAUUUUAGUUCCCGCUUGCAAAAGAGAAGAAAGUGUAUAG